AGGAAAUAUGCUUACCGAGCGGUGAUGCCACUGAUGUAAUUGAUGCAUUCAGUGACUUGUGUUUCCCACCCUGUUGGGAGCCGAUCUACGUCGGAAUGCUAACAGGGCACUACAAACUGCCUUUGAGAGGAACUUCAGCUUUUUAGAUGAAGUACGAUCAUGAUCACGAGUGGCGAGUUGCUAUCACAUAAUGAUGUCAUAAUACAACAAGUAGUACUCUUGUCCGACAUCCAACCUAUUAGAAAAUGCGUUUACCGACACACAUACAACUUCCCUUCCUUACCUUGCAGAUUUUGGUCUUCCUCGACCCAUCACCUCCAUGGAGCUUAUUCGGUGCCCUCGCCCUCGCCUUAGUCUGCUCCUUCAUCAUCAGCCCGAGCGUAUUCGUGAACUUGAACAUUGACACUGGCGUCGGGUAUGUAGACUACAUGCUUGGAUGCGCCACCGCGAGCUGUGCUGUGCAUGGCUUUUAUUUACUCUUGCUGGGGAGGCCAUUAAAGAAUUACAAGUUCGUAGAGAAGGAGAACGAAAAAGGGCACAAAGUUUGGUGGAAAAGGUUCCUCGACGUCGUGUAUGUCAUACACUCCCCACGAGGGGUCGGAUGGAAUUAUCAAGUAAAGAACAUCCCCGCCGCCCCACGACAACCCAGACACUUGUUCAUCCUCCGGUCCUCCUUCCUUGCCGCCUGCCACGCGGUCCUCUUUGAAAUCGCGUGGCUGUAUGUUUGGUACAACCCUGUGUUUUCAUCUGCUACGAUCAGGACGCGAUCCUACGUUGUGCGGUGCGCUGACACCGCUGUAUUCCGGGGAGUGUUGCGCUUAGGAUUGUAUGAACCGAGAAUGUGGCCAGACCUAUUCGGGGCUUGGCUAGAUGCGUAUACUGUUCGACGACUCUGGGGGAGGACAUGGCAUCAGACCUUGAAAGGGUUCCUUGCCCCUCUUGGCAAAGCGACGUCGUCUGUCCUUGGGUACAAGUCCGGUACAUCAGGAUCAUCGUAUGCACAGCUCUAUACUGCGUUCUUCUUCUCGGGAAUCGUACACACGGGAGGGGAUAUCGUGCUAUCCGGAUCUUCCACCUCCACUACAUCACGGACGUUUUUCUCAAUGUCAUUCUUUCUCUCGCAGGCAGUCAUUAUUACUCUUGAAGACACGUUCAUCAGGAUCGCAAGACACCUGGGAGUCAAGGAUAGUAUCUGGACAAGAGCCUUGGGGUAUGUCUGGGUUGCAGCAUGGUUUGGGUGGUGCGUACCUGAAUUGGUCGAGAACAUGAUCAGGGCGGGCGGGGGAAUAAGGAAAUCUACCAAUGGAGUUGAUGAGAAUGAUAUGGGCCCUAAUUUGGUGCAAGCGAUGGCGGGAUUUUUUGGAUUUGAUCUCAGAGAGUUUGCUCAGUCUUGGUUUGGGGCAUGAACUGAGAUGAAAGGCCGAGUUCAUAACUCUGUUUACCGCUUCUGAACGUUGAACGCCCUGCACACGUCUGCAAUGGUCUUGCUGGUACUUAGAAGAGCAAAAGUUGCCAGGCAUACUGCAAGCUAGAUAAACGUCGAGUUCUUAUCGAAGACUAGAUAAUAUAUUUGUCUUAACAGCUCUCUCCGCGCU